GCAGGCUUCGAAUAAAAAAAAAGUCCAAACAAAAACAUGGCGGACGAAGAUUUGGAAGAUGGUACUUGCUCACCAACUUGGAGCGAUUUGGAUGGUGUUUCUGUUUGUACUACGCCAGAAAUUCCAAGUGAGCAGCAAAAACAAACAACCAAGGAAAGCUACGAUGAAGAUAAGUUUACAAAUGAUGGAGAAUUUCUAGAGGGAAAUACACCGGAAAACUACGACGAUAAUAUUUUGAGAGAUGAUUCUGAUAGCGACAUAAGACUAGAACCUAUAUCAUCUGAAAAGGAUGGUAAACAAUUCGCGGCUUUAAUACAUGAAGAGUCAGAUAGCAGGACAUACGGUUACACAUCAAAUGGGACGCCGCUAUCUUUCGCCGAAGAAAAAACUGAUGCUACGAACAAGAGUGAACAAGAACCUAUUUUAGUUUUACCAGAUUUAAAUGGCGAUGAUAUCAACAACAUCGCAGAAAAAGAUAUACCGCGACUUCUCUCAGAUCCAGAAGGCACGGAAUUCAGGCAUAGACAUGUCAGCGAAAAGGUGCCACAUGUCGAAGAGCUUCCACAAACCCCAGAGGUUAACCCGCCAUUAGAGCAAGGCCAAACAGCUGUGCGAACUGAGAAGCCACUGAGGGAAGACCGGUCAAACAGAGGUCUUUUAGUCCCAAAGCACAGCCUAAAAAAUCUUUCAUUUUUAAAGUAUUUUGUGGAUGAAGUAUGUCGAGGGUAUGUCUUGGAACUUGAUGAGGACAGAUAUGCAGAGAAAAGAGAAAAGGUUUAUACUUUUCUUAAAAUACCAAGAGAAGUUGAAAAGCUCAUGACGUUUGGUUUCAUGUUAUGCCUGGAUUGCUUUGUAUUCAUCUUCACCUUUUUGCCAGUCAGGAUGGUAAUUGCUGUCUGGAAACUCGUAACUGGUUUCUUGCUAUGUAAAAAGACAAGAUUAUUGGAGCCUACACAAAUUUGUGAUCUAUUAAAAGGCUGUAUUAUGAUGGUUGCAUGCCUACUUCUUGAGUAUGUGGACUUCUCUGUCUUGUACCAUAUUGUGCGGGGACAGUCGGUUAUCAAGCUUUAUGUCAUUUACAAUAUGCUAGAGGUUGCUGAUAGAUUGUUCUCGUCAUUUGGCCAAGAUAUCCUCGAUGCACUUUUCUGGACAGCAACAGAACCCAGAGACAGAAAAAGGCAACACAUAGGCACACUGCCACACUUUGCACUUGGAGUUUUCUAUGUGUUUCUUCAUGGCGUCCUUGUGCUGUUCCAAGCAACCUGCCUUAAUGUUGCUGUUAAUUCCCACAAUAAGGCAUUGCUUGUCAUCAUGAUAUCCAACCAGUUUCUAGAGCUGAAAGCAAGUGUUUUUAAAAGAUCUGAGAAAAACAACCUUUUCCAGAUGGCAUGUAGUGAUAUAAGGGAGCGGUUCCAUUAUCUUAUAUUGGUUACUAUUGUUGCUCUGAGGAAUUUAACAGAGUUCAAUUGGAACAUGGACCACCUUUACAUCAUCAUGCCAUAUCUUCUGGCUACUUUAUCCUCAGAAUAUUUUGUUGAUUGGGUCAAGCAUGCUUUCAUCACCAAGUUCAAUGAUAUUCCAGCUGAGGUCUACAGAGAAUACAGAUCACGUCUUGCACAGGAUGCUACCUCAAGUCGCGAGAAAAAUGCCCACUCGGACCAUUUCGACUUGGUGUCGCGUAGGAUGGGUUUUAUUCCACUACCUCUCGGUGCACUGAUAAUCCGCGUCGUCAAACACUCUAUCCACAUCCACGGAGUCGGAGGAGUCGCACUAGCCAUGUCAACAUACUUCUUUCUUCUUUCUCUCAAGAUCCUGAACAGUAUCGUCUUACUGGGAAAGGCGGCCACUUACGCGACAGAGUUCCCCGCAGAAGACCCCCCUAAGUCCGGACCAGUUCCACCGAUCCCAAACCCUAGAAGUACCCAGGCCCCGCAAUCCAGCGUAGCUUCUUCCCAACAUGCACCAGGGUCCCAGCCAGACCAACAAGGCGGCGGCAAAAGCCAAAAUGGCGGCAACGGGAACCGAACAAAAACACUGGCUGAGAUCGACCGGUACACCCUGUGUAGCAAGGAAAUCGUAAUAUUUUAAGUCUAAAAAUUGGACUGUGAUAUUCUUGAGUGUAGACGUGUGAAGUUGGUGUGUGGUGACGCCAUCCACACAAGACUCAAUUUUAAGAAAGUUUAAUUGACGUGAAAAUUUGGACAGGAUUAUCCCACCACUAAUAGCUUACAUAACAGUAACUUGGGAACCAUUUUUGAUGUCACGCCAAGAAUUAAAAAAAAACGUUUUAUGCACAGUCCAUUUACGGAUCACGAAUCGAGAAUAUCAUCGGAAAUAUUGAGAUAUAAUAAAAUAUUAAUUUCUUUAUCAUGGGCACUAAAAGUCCUAAUGCUGUCGAGUCUGUAAGUUUUUUAAAUACCGUUGUAGGCCUGUGACCUUGAGUUGUUUGUAAGAGUGAGGGUUUCCUAAAAAGGUUUUUAUGCCGGUAGUUUUGAGAUGCCGCUAGACCCAACGUUUCGCAUGAUAAGUAACAAGUAAUGAGCUAUAGUAAUGAGUACGAUUAUUUCUCAUUAUGUUAGCGGUUAUUUAUUACGGGCCGCUAAUUGCGCCGUUGUCUGUACUCUUCCUUAAAUGAUGCCGCUAACGACGAGCGAAAAGUCAAAGCUUGUGUCUAGACGGGGACUAAACGCCGAAAGCGAGCCGUGUUACGUCGGUAUUUCUUAAUUAAAAAGCUGCAAAGUUUGUCAGUAGUUCAUUAUUUAAAGCAGGAGAGUAAGUAUUUUAAUAUUUUAUCAGAAUAUUAUGGCGGUAGCUGAUUCCAUUAGGCGUGUACUGAAAGUUUUUUUUAAACACGUGUUCUCACAGUUGAUUGCAUCUACCGUUAUUAUAAACUCAAUCAAAUGUUGCUGUAUUUUACUCAUACAUAGAAAAUAGCGUAAUUUCAAAACCCUGAUAUCUUAUCCUAUAGAUAUAUUUUUGUGGGUUAAAGGUGUAAACAAAACACGUUUAUUCGACUUAAAACAAGUGACCUAAGGAAUAUAAUUUGAUUUGAUAUAGAAUGACAAAAUUACUUGUGUGUUAUAAUGACGAAAUAAAAUUUAAAAGACGGA